UGCUGGAUGGAUAAGCUGGGCGCUGGCGAGGCUCAGCUGGAUCGCCGCUGUCGUCAUCAUCAACGUCUUCAGCGUAACGCCUGACUGGAGUUACCAUCCGGGGUACGGCUCUACUUUAUCGUCCCAGCCACGAUCGCCAUGAGCUCCACACGCACGUCGCUGUUGUCGGCCUGGGAUCGAGCCGAGAAUCCCUUGGCCCCAUUGGAGGCCCACCAAAAGGACUCGAUCGUCUGGCUUCAACGAAAUGCUCAACACCGACCUGCACCCGCACAGUUCCGUCCGGAAGACGCUCUGGAUCGAGUGGAAUCGAGUCGCUCCUCGUCCAAAUCCUUACCCAUGCCUCCGUUGGUCCAGGUUGUCCAAUGCCUUCCAAAAGAACAGGAGGGCCAAAUCUCGGACACCUCAUCCCAAGCCCUCUUCCCGGCCAUUAGCUUUCUGGAGCAACCUGGAGCCCGGAUCGACACGGGUCAUCAGUUCUUGGAGUGGCUCCAUCAGAUCGAGCACAGUCUCCAGAGUCAAGCCGAUGCACCCUACCGCAAUUACAUCGACCAACUUGAGCAUCAGCGCGAUCACGCCGACCAAUUACUCACCCGGGUCAAUGAGGGAUUGGGUCAGAUCGAGUUGUUGGCCCAACAGUAUCACUUUGUGUCCGAAAAGAGCAAUACACUGCACACGGCGUGUCAGCAUCUCAUGCAGGAACAGACCAAGUUGUCGGCCUUGUCCGAUCAGAUCUCGGAGCGACUCGUGUUCUUCACCAGUGUGGAUAAGAUCAGUCAGAAAUUGCAAUCACCCACGUUGUCCGUUAAUUCUGACGUGUUUGUGGAGCAGCUCGACUUGAUCGAUGAAUGUAUUCUCUUCAAUCUAGCUCAUCCCAAUUUCAAGCAGAGCGGUGCUUACAAGGUUAAGUAUCAGGCGUGUCUCUCCCGAGCCUUGGGCUUGGUCCGAUCCUAUUCGAAAUCCAUCUUCGAAUCGGCCACGAAUGCGGCCAUGCCGCCUCCGGGCACCCUCAUCAAAAGCUCCCAAGACACGGCCUUCUCUCUAUUCUACGGCAAAUUCCGCGCCCAAGCGCCCAAAUUGUCAAAACCCAUUUCAACCGUGGAGAAACGAGCCCAACGAGCCCGGGACAGUGCGGUCGAGGUGCUACCGUUGUGGCAAGACUACGAAUCGGUUCUGAAUGAUUGUCAGAACACGUACUUCCAAUGUCGUGGCCAAUUGUUGCAGCCAAGUGUGAAAUCCGCCGUCUUGGAACUGUCCCAGAAGUACCGCCGUGAUCAUUGUGGUUUGGUUCGAGCCGGAUGUGCCUUCCUCUUGCACGUGUGCGAGGACGAAUAUCAAUUGUUCCAUCAGUUUUUCGACCACGACUCGGAUAAUUUGAACGGCUUCCUGGAAGGCCUCUGUCAGGUGCUUUAUGAUACUCUGAGACCCUUGGUGAUUCAUUUACACCAUCUGGAGACCUUGAGUGAAUUGACCGGGAUCUUGAGAUCCGAGAUGAUUGGUCACCAUUGUGCCCAACAUCCUCCACAAUUGCAGGCCUUCGAAACGGUCAUCUCUCAAUUGCUUCAAGAUGUACAGGAAAGGCUCGUGUAUCGGGCUUACAUCUACAUCCGUACCGAUAUCCUGGGCUACGCUCCUGCGGGCGGAGAUUUGGCCUAUCCCGAGAAGCUGGAGAUGAUGGAGUCGAUUGCCGAGUCCAUUCAAAAACAGAGCCCUCCCGCUAGCAUUCAACGGAAAAACUCGACCUCAUCUUUGAUGUCGCAGAGCUCGAUUGAAGUGGCCCAGAUCAACGGCAAGAGCAACGCUUCGCAUUCUCCGGCUGACCUGCAUGGGAUGUGGUAUCCUCCUGUCCGACGAACACUGGUGUGUCUCUCGAAAUUGUACCGUUGCUUGGAGCGAGAAAUCUUCCAAGGUCUCUCUCAGGAAGCUUUGGCAGCCUGUAUCAACUCGGUGGCUAACGCGGCCGAUCUUAUUUCUGCUAAAAAGACCACCAUGGAUGGACAAUUGUUCCAAAUCAAGCAUCUGCUGAUCCUGCGGGAACAAAUCGCACCUUUCCACGUCGAUUUCUCAGUCAAAGAGAUGAGCUUGGAUUUCAGCAAAUUCAAGAGUGCCGCUGCCUCUUUGUUCCACAAGAGAGGAGACAUCUUGACUAUGAAUUCAAGCAAUGCCAUUCUGGAGUUUCUCUUGGAGAGCACACCAGAGGUUCGGGAAUAUUGCCGGGAUUCCAGGAAAGACGUGGAUAAGAAAUUAAAGCAAAUUUGCGAGUACUUCAUUGCCAAUUGCACCAAGCAAGUUGUUGGUAAAAUCCUCGAGUUUCAGGCCAAGGUUGACGCCCAUCGAAGUCAAGACAAGGCCAAGAACAUUUCUCGUGAGCCUUGGGCCAAGCCCGAAAUCCUUCAAGAUGUCUUGGCCCAAUCCCUCAGACACCUCAAGAAGCAAUUCCCGAUAAUUCAAAGAGCCAUGCAACUCUAUCUCUCUAACAAGGAAACAGAGUUCAUCUUGUUCCGACCCAUUCGAAAUAAUGUGAUGUCAACGUUCAUGGGGUUCAUCCAUCUAUCGAAGCAAGAUUAUACAUCUGAUGAACAAGUGAUCAUUGGCUGUCCAACCCAGGAGCAAAUUGCGGUCACGAUCACCUCUCUGCAACUUCAACCCAAAACCCCGCGAUCCUCCAUGUCCAGACAACGCAGUGAGAGCCCAAGUGCCCCGCCCAUUCCAGAAGUAGAUAAUCCACGAACCGGUGAAGCCGUGAUUCACGAGAACGGUCAAAAUGGCGAGACAGAGAAAUCAGUUGAACAGUGAUAUGGUUUUAAUAUGUAUUUUUAUGAGCAAAUUUAUUCGUUUUAUUGUUUCGUGUAGGCCUUAAACGAUUGUUCUUGUUUUUAUUUUUGUUUUGUUUUUGAGCGUGAUAAAUAACAGAAAAUAAGAUAGGAA